GGAGCCAUUGGCGUUUAGGUAGAACACAUAAAUACAGAAGGGGAAACGCCAACAAUCGAUAGCUCAUAGUAACAUAGUCCUGUUUUUCUUUCUUUCUUCUUAUGAAGUCUUAAAAGUAACCUUAUAUGAAGUAAAACUAUGACUGAGCUUACAGUGUAACCUUCUAGUCUAUUAAUAAUAUUGUGGUGAACUGUAGCUCAAGGCACUAGAAUGAACUGGCAAGUCGGGUGUUUUGUAGACUUCGGAGAAAUUGUGAAUGAAACGAGCAGCCGAUUGGCGGCUAAAUGAAAUGUAAAGAAGCUCAGACGCUGAUGAAUAUGAAGCAAACGGACUCGGUGUUCAUUAGGACAGCGUUGUGGAUUAAACAGAGGCAUUGAGCGCUGGGACAGAGCUGCACCAGCCUACAGACUGAUAAGGCCACCGGCAUGACAGCGGCCUCCUGGGAAGUGGAUUCAGCUCAGUCCAAUCGUUCUCUGUUUAACCUGAGCAGUAGCUUCAGCAGCACUGACACUUUCUUGUGGUUGCUGCCCUCCCAGAACAGCACAGAGGUGACAUGGAGCCCCACCUCGCAGCCAGGCACAGCCAGGCUACGGGACCAGGCUCUGGCACAGGCUGAGAUCGGUGUGCUUAGCCUGGUGCUGGCACUUACCACUCUGGGCAACAGCUUUGUGCUGUGGGUGCUGCUGCGCAGGAGAAAGCACCAUGCACCUAUGCACCUCUUCAUGAUCAACCUGUGUUUGGCUGACCUCGUUGUGGCCUUCUUCCAGGUUCUGCCGCAGCUGCUGUGGGAUAUCACAGAGCGCUUCCAGGGCCCAGACGUUCUGUGCCGCUUUGUCAAGUACUUGCAGAUUGUGGGCAUGUUUGCUUCCUCGUACAUGAUUGUGGCCAUGACAAUGGACCGCCACUAUGCCAUCUGCUGCCCUCUGCAAGCGUACCGUGGAGGCAAACCUUCACGCUGGAACAUGCAUAUAAUGGUGGCCUGGGGCCUGGCCCUGACACUCAGUUUGCCACAGGUGUUCAUCUUCUCAAGGACUGAAGUGUUGCCAGGGGAGUUUGAGUGCUGGGGCCACUUUAUUGAACCAUGGGGCCUUAAAGCUUAUGUCACCUGGAUGACUAUAGCUGUGUUCAUUCUACCAGCCCUCAUCAUCACAGUGUGUCAGGUGCGUAUCUUCAGAGAGAUACACAACAAUAUCUACCUGAAGUCAGAGAGAAUGGUGACAGCAGAAUUUAAGAGAAACUCUGUGGUCUUUCAUUUCCCUCAGAAAGAAGGGCAUUAUGGGAGGCCUGUGAGAGACAGAGACUCACAAGGUAGCCAUAAUCAUCAGACUAAUAUUCAUGGAUGUCAUUGCAGUAACUCCGCCCCUACAGACCUUCAGCGUUCAUAUGACAAUCUGUCCAGCCCUGAGCCAUUUGGAAACUCCACAUAUAACCCCUGCGAUUCCUGUGACCCCUGCUCUGUGCCCCUGCCACCCACAGAAAUCUCCACAUCAACCAACCCACCCUUAGAGAAAUUCUCUCCUGAUCCAUCUGAUCCAUCUUACGCACAUGCUCUGACAGCCAAUAGUGCACGCGCUCAGUCCAGAGCCUCAUCCUUAAUGGCUGGCCAACUUUCAGGAACUCCUGAUCUCUGGCCAGAUGUGUUACCAGAUCAUCUCCCACCACCUCCCCCUGGCAUUUCUAAGGCCAUGUCAAAGACAGUGAGGAUGACUUUGGUCAUAGUGUUAGUCUACACUAUUUGUUGGUCUCCUUUCUUCAUCGUCCAGCUGUGGGCGGCCUGGGACCCGAAUCCUCCAGACCAAGGAGUAGCAUUCACCAUCCUGAUGCUGCUGGCCAGCUUGAACUCUUGCACGAAUCCCUGGAUCUACACAGCUUUUUCAAGCAGUGUGUCACGUGAGCUGCUUGCUCUGCUGCGCUGCAACGUGUCCACCCCACGCCGAGGCUCGCUGCCCGACGACUCUACUACAACACACACCUCAACCACCACUAAGGACAGUAUCUACUAACAUGCCUUCAAGCACACAUGGAUUAACCACCGGAUUCAGAUUCACCAGUACCAGUUCUCACAACGCUUAUACGAUUUAAGAUUGGCUAUGUUUAAGAGGGCAGUGCCCCAUGAGCGGCGAGCAUCAUGAAGGAGAAACGUUAUAAGUUCAGUGAUUUGAAUGUAAGCGAUGGAACAGACUUUUGCGUAUGUAUGUGUGAGAAUUUAUGUAUGUGUGUGUGAUAGUUGGGAGACGAGUCAAGAAUAAGCUGUGAGGAUGUGAGACAUUGCCAAAUGUCUGAACAGGAAAACUACUCCAGACUGGUAGAAGACCAGCCAAAGAGCAGAUGCCACUGUUUGGAACAGAACAGUGGUUGAUACUAUUGUGGACACCUGCGUCACUGCCAAACAGAUUAUUUCAGGUUACCAGAUAUGAAUGAUGUCAGAAUUACUAUAAAAGAAGUGCUGGAUGGUGCUGGGAAACCAGACUUGAGCUGAACACCAGAGUUUGUCAGAAAAUGCAGUUAGAGACAAUCUUCUCAAAACUGACAAAUUCCAUCAUGAUAAUAAUAGAGUUAACCUCACGUGGUGGACUUUGUUAUUUUUUUUAUUUCUAUUCAUUCUGGCUUGCCAGGGCAAUUUCCUUUAGCACUAGUGAAAUAUACCUGUUACUUGUUUCCUUGUUGGGAAAUUUACAGACAAGGAAGUUUUCCAUCUUGUCUCCAUGACUGUAACUCCCGCGUCACUCUCGUCCUCUUUCCCAUUCCGUCUUUUUUGGGUGGAUGAAGAGGUGGGUUCAACGUUCUAUGACCUAUACUGCUGACUAUUGUUUAUAUUUCCUUUGACAAUGCAAUGUUUGUAACAGGGAGUGAAGUGAAUAGCAGACAUGCAACCACUUGGAAGGUAAAAGGAACAGAAAUAGGCAGGAAGCUCAGCUGCUCAGCCUCCUCAAACAGGAAGAGUGAGUGCCUUUACAAUGCUGGAAUUAAGAGGAGUUGGCAGCAGGCAUGAGACAAAUGCAAGCACUUUGAUACAACAGCACAAUGAAGUGUAGCACACGGACGAGCUUAUUACAGCUGCCGUGCAUACAGAGACAGUCUCAUGUGUACUCUCUAUGACUGAUUCUCAUUCUUUAAAUAUGAAUAAUGAGCCUACCCUAGCAGUGAGUGCUGACAGCCUCCCAUCAGGGUGUUCUGAUGAUUAGAGCACAGUGCAGGACUAUGGCUCAGCAGCAGCAAAUGCACUGCAGCCUCAUAUUAAGGCUGUCUUAUGAAAGUCAAGAAGGUUCUUCCACUGAACAACGCUGAUUGAACGUGUAGCUCAUUUUGUGGUACAGUCACCCAAACAAGUUCCAGGGCUUUUUCAUAAUGUCUCAACUUCACAUGUGAACAGAAGCUUCAACCCAGGAAAAGGGAAUGCAUACUGACUUCAACAGCAGUGCAGUGCUUGAGAUUAAUAACAUCAGAGGCUGAUGAAGCCCUGCGCAUUAAUCAGCAGGACUGAAUCGAGGAUCGCCAGACCACCUGAGUCUCUUGUGAAUGGCCAGAGGACAAGUUUUUCUAGGCUACCCAUAUGGUGUUAUGAUCAUGAUUAUCAGGUGAUGAUAUUGUUGUCGUUACUCAUCAAGGAAAGGAGCAAAUGAGAAUUCUCUACUAGUUCUUAAGGAAACCGGCCUGGUGGUACUCCAUCAAUUACAAAGCCAGAGUUACGAUUUACUUUAAAAUCCAAGAAUGCAAUUAGGCAAUAUACCCAGAAAAGCACUUAUUAGCAGUAUGGAAGUGAGCUCUACUGCUUGGCUUUAGAUUUAAGUGAAAUACAUAGCAUCACUGGCAUGGUGCUCAAAAAAAAUAAUUUACAUUCACCAGUCAAUCAGGCACAUGGAUGGUUACAAGGGCAAGCUGAAGCCAAAGCAUUGUGUGAUGGUACAGACGUGCAACACAAUAUAGACUGUGUUUAUUCAAGAGGAUGCUACAGCCUACACUUUCUCAAUCUGGUGGGGCCAAUAUAGUGUACUUAUAGUUAAAAGGUUCUAUUUUACAAGAUUUUGUAUAGGACUUAAAUACAAUAUAACACUCUAAUAAUAAAUGAAAACCCACCCUGUUGUACACGUAGGACACCAUUCUAAUUAUUGCCAUUUGCAAUGAUGAAAUUCUGUGUAGCUUUUUGAAUCUGUUCAGAGCUUUGGUACUCUCAUGUAUAAUAUAAAGCCUCUGUACCAGUUCUGUUAUAAAGCAGAAUAAAGAGCAGAAAUAAUAUCUUUUACCAUAGUUUCUGCUCUACCUCCGGCCAGUUUUCUGCUCUCACAAAUGUGUUUUAUGGUUGGAAUUAGGGGACCAUUUGUAUUCUGUUCAGAACUUCUAGCAUAACUUAUUUGUAUAAAAGAAAUUACAAAUGCUCUAAUUUAACAAUAUGUCGAAGUAUUGAAAAUAUGCAUAAGUUAAUAUAUCGUACUGACAAAACCUUACCUCUGCAAAGUGCCCAUAUUAUAUGUUUUGGUUUUUUCUCAGCCUGUAGCAUCAUGUAGAUUAUUGUCACUAUAUUAAAAAAUGAUGAAAGGUAAAAACAACACUUUCCUUUAAUGGGUAGUUGUAGUGACUAACAUUUUUAUGUUAAUCAUAGCAAGUCUAUAAUGUUGAGCAGCUGUCAAUAUUUUGUUGGUAUCCUAAACUACUUGAUAUGAGAUUGAUAAGUCAUUGUGCAAAUUAACAACUGCGUGAGAAGGUUUUGUGUCUGUAUUCUGAACAUCUAUACAGUCAGUAGUCAGUGUAUAAUUAUAAACUUGUUUUUGUUUGUUUUUUGGGGGGUCUUUUCACAGAAAGAAAAUUUAUUUAAAGUUCAUACCUGAUGUAUGGUAUCUCCAUUAUUAUAAACAUUGUAAUAAAUGU